UUUGUCAAUCCAAUUCCAAAAUCUGGACCAUCAUUACAAGGAGAUGAUAAAAGAGUUGAGAAUAUGUGUGGAUUUGGUGAUGGCGAUUUAACAAAUGAUGCAAAGGAUGUUGGUGGGGAAUUAGAAGCAAUGGAACAGAUUGAAGGACUUAAGAAUGGAACGGAGAAUAAUUUAAAUGAUAACCAGGAUGUGGAUCAAUCAAAUGAAAACCCUUCUGAUGAACAACAAAAGUUGCCCGAAGUUGAUAAUCCUAUUGAUGUAGAUGACGAUUUUGCUGGGUGCAUUGAGGGGUUAGAUGCGCAAGAUGGCGAAGAUGAGGAGAAUGGAGAUGAUAAUAAUUGUGAAGAAGAUCCGAAUGCUGAUUGGAAUUUUGGAGAAGUGGACGAACCAGAAGAAAGACAGUUGGAUCCAAAGCUUUGGGAACGAAAUGAAGGCGACGAAAAUGAACAGGAAAUGGAAGAAGAGGAUAAUGUUGGAAAUGGGGAUGAUUCGUUAACUGAAGAUCUCAUUGCUGCUCAACAUCAGAAACAACAGAAAAGUGACGAGAAUCAAGAAAAGGGAGCGAAGUCAUCAGACACUUAUCAAAGUGAGGAUGAAAAUGUCGAUGAUUAUGACGCUACUGAACCAGACGAGAAAGGAGAACGUAGAGAUGAAAAUGAGAACAAUGCUUCUGAUGCAGAACAAUCUGUUGAUAAAGAUGUUGAUGAUCAUGAGUUAACACAUGAGAAUGACUAUACUGAAGAAAAAGAUGACAAUGAAGAAAUAAACGGUGAAGAAUAUUUAAGUGAAGAUGAAGAUAAUCAAAAACAAAAUGAAAAACAAGAAGAUAAAAAUGGAGAGGGGAAUUCAGAUGAAAUGGAAAAAGAGAAAGAUGGAGAUUCAAAUGAUGAAUAUCAAAACAAUGAAGCAUGUAAUAAUGAAUUUGAGCCAGACGCAAUUGGGGAUGCUGAAGGUACUCCAAACGCUGCUCGUCCACCUGAAAUAAUUGAUAAAGAACAAGAGGAAAAGAAUGAUGCCAGAACACAGGGAGAAGAUAAAAAUUCGAAUGAUAAAAACGCAGAUGGUGAACAAAAUCAGAGAGAUUCUGCUGCUAGAAAUUCGACAAAAUCAGCACAACUGGAGACGGAUUCCCAGCAAAAUGAGGAAUUGAAUGAAGUUGAGCCAAGCAAGGAUAAUUGUAAUAGUGGAAAUGAAAUAGGAGGUGAUAAUUCAGUUGAUGAAGAAAUGGAAGAAAAUGCUUUUGAUGAAGUUGAACAAGAAAAGUUAUCUGUUACCGGAACCUCAACACUUGAACAAGCAAAUCGAACUCGUGCAUUAUUUGACAUUUCUUUACGACGUUUGCGAAAGGAGGUAAAAACAAAUGAAUUGGCAAAGAAUGCUUCUGACCAACAAAAAGAAAAACAGAAUGAUGAGGCAGACGGUGAAAUUGAAAUGGAUAAUGAAGACAAUGCAUCUAUUAAAAUUAUUGACGAUUCUUCUGCAAAGGAGGCACGAAAUGUUUUUCUUAACAUCACCGAGAGACAAAAUUUCAAUUUUGGAAUAAAUUCAAAUGAACUCAUUUCAAUGGAUAGUUUAUGUAAAGAAUUCGAUAAGCUAGAACGAGAAACUCCAACAACCAGUAACGAGGAGGAUAUUCGACAACUUCAAUUGAAAUGUGCUCUUAUUUCGGAAAGUGUUACUUCUUUGGCUUCUGAAUUGGCUGAGUCUUUACGUUCAAUUAUUGAACCAACUGUUGCCAGCAAACUUCAAGGUGAUUAUAGAACAGGCAAAAGAUUGAAUAUGCGCAGAUUGAUAGCCUAUAUUGCUAGUGAUUAUCGAAAGGAUCAGAUAUGGAUGAGAAGAACAAAAUGUGCUAAAAGGAACUAUCAAGUCUGUAUUGCUGUUGACAAUUCUCAAAGUAUGAAGCACAAUCAUUUUACUGAGAUUACUUGCAACGCUCUAUGUCUAAUUGAACGAGCACUCAGACAACUUGAAAUUGGUCAGUUAGCAAUAUGCUCUUUUGGUUCUACUGUACACAUGCUUUCUGAUUUUUCAUCUGGCGAAGACCCUUCUCUUGGAUUACACAUUCUUCAAACAUUUAAAUUUGAUCAACAAAGAACUGACAUUUCCCAAUUGCUAGAAUCCUCUAUAGCACUUUUUAAAAGUGGGAGAGAAUGUUCUAUACAAAUACCUGAACAAAUGCUUAUUAUUUUGGGUGAUGGAAGAGAUGUGCUUGCUAAUGGUAUCACUGAUAUUAAAAAACAUUUGGAACAUCUUGAACAUGACAGAGUUACUGUUCUCUUUCUAAUAAUGGACAUUGCUGAACAAUCUAUAACAGAAGUGCGUAUAGCCGAUUUUGCUGAUGGAGGAUGCUCUUUCAGACCCUACAUGGAAUGCUUUCCUUUUCCUCUUUAUGCACUAGUAAGAAGUGCAAAUUCAUUACCAAGUACAGUUGCUGAAGCCAUUCAUCAGUGGUUUGAGUAUACAAGAAAUGAAUAA